UUGGGCCUUCCGGCGUUCCGUAGACCCGCCGCCAUUGGCUGAGCUGGAGACAGCUGACAGGCGGCGGCUGGGCGUGAGAGCUUCAAACAUGGCGGCCACCACGGCGCUGAUCCUGCCGGAGAGCCCCAGCAUGAAAAAAGCAGUGUCGCUGAUAAAUGCAAUAGACAUAGGAAGAUUUCCACGAUUGCUCACCCGAAUUCUUCAAAAACUUCAUCUGAAGGCUGAGAACAGUUUCAGUGAGGAAGAAGAAGAAAAGCUUCAGGCUGCAUUUUCUCUAGAGAAACAAGAUCUUCACCUAGUUCUUGAAACAGUAUCAUUCAUUUUAGAACAGGCGGUGUAUCACAGCGUGAAGCCCGCGGCUCUGCAGCAGCAGUUAGAGAGCCUUCAUCUCAGACAAGACAAAGCGGAAGCUUUCGGCAAUGCUUGGUCUUCUAUGGGUCAAGAAACAGUUGAAAAAUUCAGACAGAGGAUUCUUGCUCCCCACAAGCUAGAGACGGUCGGAUGGCAGCUUAACCUUCAGAUGGCUCACUCUGCCCAAGCGAAACUAAAAUCUCCUCAAGCCGUGUUACAGCUGGGAGUGAGUGGUGAAGAUUCAAAGAGCAUGGAGAAAGUUCUUGUGGAAUUCAGUCACCAGGAGUUGUUUGAUUUCUAUAACAAGCUGGAGACCAUACAAGCACAGCUGGAUUCCCUGACGUGAUGUUCUCGAAGACUGGUUUCCCCAUCACACUCUUGCCACCUCAUCAUUCCGCCCUGAAGAUAGACUGCCAGGUUGUGUUUUCAGAAGGAUUCAGUAGCUUUCUUCUUGUAAAUUACCCGGCUUAUCACUUCUGAGAGAAAUAACCGCCAAGGGAGAUCAUUGUUUCCAGAGCUU